AUGCCAGCUCGGCAGGACUGGUUGACCCCAAAGAGACCGGAGAAACGAAAAUCAAUGACUGGGCGGCCGCGCAUGCCGACUGGAGGGUCGACGCGCGGGACAACCAUUGUCUGGGGUGAUUACGGCUUACGAAUGAAAGACCAUGAUCGAAGAGUCUCGGCCAAACAGUUGAAAACUGGUGAACAAGCGAUACACAUGAGGCUGCGAGGAGAGCGAUACAAACUGUACAAGAGAGUCAGCGCCAAUAUUGGUGUGUAUACGAAGGGAAACGACGUGCGAAUGGGGAAAGGAAAAGGUAAAUUUGACUAUUGGGCGGCUCGAAUACCGGUCAGCAGGAUCAUUUUCGAGGUCAAGGGGAAAAUCCACGAAAAGGUGGUGCGGGACGCGUUCCGGCUGGCGGGCAACAAGAUGCCCGGGAUGUACGAGUUCGUCAAGAAAGGAGACCCGCCCGUUGUUGGGAUAACGAAACUGAGCGAUGGAUUGACAUUGGAAAAGCUCAAGGCAGCUAAACGAGAGGUGGAACCGAAGGACAAGAAGGACGAGCCACAGCCCGUCAUUCCCACGACGACGACUACGCCUCCUCAGUCAGUUUCUACGGAGCUGGACGGCUCUCUCAAAACUGUUCACGUCUCCCCAUAA